GUUGUUGUGGUGUUUUUAUUUUCGCGCUGGGCGAAUGUGAAGAGCAAAAAAAUCAACAACAAAUAAACAACAACUAUUUUUAGGCUGUGAAAAUUUGUGUAGUUCUGUAGUGCAUAUAUAUUAAUAAACUGCACUCGAAGAUAAGUAGUUGAAAAAUAGUUGAAACACAAUGUCGACGUUCGACUGUAAAUCACGGCGUGGCACCAAAAUAUCGGUUAUAUUAUUGGGCAGCGCAUUAUGCUUUGUAAUGAUGGCAUAUUUCGUGUUUGGCGACAGCAACGAUGAACAGGGCUUGAAAAAGCUGCGAAUGAUAUCCAUUCUGUUUCGUCAUGGUGCCAAGAAUCCCAGUGGCUUCUAUCCAAAUGAUCCGCAUGCUGCCUAUGAUUGGCAGGAAGGCCUUGGAGCGCUAACACCAAAGGGCAGCCUGCAGGCUUAUAAUCUGGGUCGAAAUUUGCGCAUGCGCUAUUAUCGUUUACUCCCCGCGAACAGCAUUUAUACACAGCAGCAGUUGCUUGUGUUGAGCUCCGCCGCGGAGCGCUGUGUGAUGAGUGCUCAGAGUGUUUUGGCCGGUCUGAUGCCACCGCUGGAGAAUAACAAUGUGCUGCCCAUACCUUGGCAACCGGUGGCCAUAAAUACCCUUGCACGUAAUGAUGACACUUUGCUGGCGCAAAAGAAGACUUGCAUUAAAUAUGAAAACAUACUACAAAAGCUAUACAAAACUCCGCCUCCAGAGUUGCAAAAGUUGAAUGAGGACAACAAGGCGCUUUUUAAGCUGCUCACCAAGAACACGGGCAAGAACAUUUCCAAUGUGCUGGAUGUAGAACUCUUGUAUACUACUCUAAAAACUGAAGAGGAGGCCAAUUUGGCGCUGCCCGAUUGGACAGAGAAUAUAUAUCCAGAGGAGAUGAGACCAUUAGUAGAACGUAGCUAUGCUUUAUUUACUGAAACACAUCUCAUGAAGCGCAUCAAGGGCGGCGCUUUUCUUACGGAAAUACUCAAAAAGAUGCAAAACAAACGUAGAAAGAAUUUAAGUCCAGAUCGCAAGAUAUUUCUAUAUGCGGGUCAUGAUGUAACGCUUGUGAAUGUUAUGAACUCCUUGGGCAUCAUUGAUCAGACAUCAAAGCUGCCGGAAUAUGCUGCUGCACUGGUGUUUGAGCUACACAAUAGCAAAUCUUUCAGUGAUGGUGAUUUCGAAGUGAAGUUGGUAUACUAUUUCAACAGCGAGGACAAGUUCCCCAAGGAGUUGAGCAUACCCAAUUGUGAUGCUCCCUGCUCGCUGACACAAUUUGGAAAAACAUUGGAGCCUCUUUUGCUGGACAAUUAUGAUGAAACUUGCGAGAAUCCCACAACGGACUGCAAGACUUAAUUGCAAAUUGUUUUAGGUUUAUUACCAAUUGUUGAAAUUAUUUGAAGGUGUAACUAUGUUAUUAUUGUUGGGUAAUAUAUUCGUAUAUUCUAGUAUGUAAGACAGAUUAUAACAAAAAUUCCUCCCAAGCAUCAGACUUCAGAUCAAUAUUUUGUAAAUAUAUAUAAAUUCAAAAUCUGGCCCCCUUA